AUGCCUCCAUUCGACAACUGGAACAUCAUUGACGAAGAAGAAGAACAAGAGCUACAGGACGCCACAUUUUUCGAGGGGAAGCGUGAUGUUAUCCUCUUUUGUGUUGAUUGCUCAGAGUCCAUGCAUGAACUUCGGGAUGACCCCAAUUACGAAGAUGUCAAAACAUCUCACCUGCUCACUGCCCUUGAAGCGGCCAUGCAGAUCCAGAAAAAGAAGGUCAUAGUAGGCCCAAAUGAUUCUGUUGGCAUUGUUCUAUUCAAUACAACUCGCUCUUCUGAGACAAAAAAUCACGCUACAGAAAUCAAGAAGAACUCAUUCGUUUAUCAGCCCAUUACGAUCAUAAGUGCCCCAGCCAUCCAAGAACUUAUUCAACUGUUAGAUGCUGCUCGAGAAGAUCCGAAUCUACUCAAAUCCACGUUUCCUCCGCUGAAAGGGAAGAAAAUGCCCAUGGGUGAUGUAUUCACGAGCUGCAACUGGGUUUUGCGUGACGGAGCACCGAAGACAGCUUCAAAACGCGUUUUUCUGAUCACAGAUGAUGACAAUCCUCACCCAGGAAGCAAACAGCUUGUCACUUCAGCUCGAACCACCCUUCUAGAUUUGACACAAUCAGGGGUUCAAAUUGAACCUUUUUUCAUCGCCACUCCUGAAAAGCCAUUCGAGCCCUCCAAAUUUUACUCGUCCGUCCUGUUGCCAAACGUAUGGAAUGACGAAGACGAAGAUACUGGCGUCCUUCCUGAAUCCAUAUCCAUCACGCGUAUCGAAGAUCUUCUGUCUCAAAUGCGUUUUCAUGAGGUACCGAAACGUGCCAUGUUCAGCAUCCCUUUCCAACUAGCAGACGGAUUUGUAAUUAGCAUCAAGGGUUACGGGCUGGUUACAGAACAGAGGAAAGGUACUUACAAGUACUUCGUUGACCUGGGCGAUCGCAUGGAAGUAGCCAAUAGCCGUACGGUGUAUGUCGACGAGGAUCAACAAGCGGAAGUGGACAAAACCGAGAUGCUCUAUGGGAUGGCUCUCGGUGGUGCCCCUGUUGAAGAUGUCAGCGACGACGAAGGUGACGGUGUUGAUACUGUUUGUAGAGCUGUUCCAUCGGGGAAAAGACCCUUUUAUACCGCAGAUGAGAUCAAGUCUUUCCGCACGCUGGACCUUGAACCAGGCAUUAAGCUACUUGGCUUCAAGGAUCGUACAGAACUAGCCUUUGAGGACAACGUCAAACACUCUGUAUUUAUCUAUCCUGACGAAUCAAAAUACUCAGGAAGCAAGCGCACAUUCGCCGCUCUCCUGAAGAAAAUGAUAGAGAAGAAGAAGAUCGGUCUUGUCCUGGCACUUACAAGACGUAACACUGCUCCGGUUUUUUGCGCAAUGCUUCCGCAAGCAGAAAGUGGCGAAGAAGGGGGAUGGAACGAUCCUGCAGGGUUUCAUAUUAUCCCUUUGCCAUUUGCCGAUGAUAUUAGAGCAGCACCAUUGGAUCAAGCAUUCCGAGCACCGGAUGAGCUAAAGGAUGCCGCACGAGUCUGGAUUGACAAGCUAUGUGUCAAGGACGGAGCAUAUCCACCGGACUCCUAUCCUAAUCCUGCCCUUGCAUAUCAUAAUGCCCAGCUACAAGCAAGUGCCUUCCGUGAAGAAUUUGAUCCAGAAGCCUUUGAGGAUCUUACACGUCCAAAAUAUGAUAUGAUUCACAAGCGUGCUGGGAAUCUUAUGAAGGAGUGGAAGAGGAGUCUUUUGACCGACGAAUCUGCAAAUAUCGUACCGGUAACCACAGGAUCCAAAAGAAAGGCUGACGUAUCAGUUGACGAGGCGGAAAUCCGCAGUAAACACGAGGUUGGUGCCUUGGCCAAGCUCCGUGUGGAUCAACUUAAGGACUUUCUCAAGAGCAAAAGCCAGCCGGUGUCAGGAAAAAAGGCCGAGCUUAUUGAACGUGUCAGCGAUUGGCUGGAUGCUCACUGA